AAUAUUAUAUCAUAUUUCCAUAAAACAACAGUCUGGGUUUUUAUUUAAAGUAUACAGUUUUGUUGCAAUAUUUCUAGGGAGUUUUUUUCGCAUACUCAACUACAUUGCAUACCAGAAGUUAUCUCAGCUAAAUGUAGUGAGUGAAUGAACAAAAAACAGACAGACUAUAUAGAAUAUAAGAACAAAUUUUGGAAGAAAAAAAGUUAUAUUGUUAAAUCUGAACAAAUAUUAAGUCAAUCUAAAAAAACCUUUUGUUUUUAAUAAGAAGCAACAGGAUAAUUUUGACAUUAACUCCUCUUGACCUUCAGGAUUCAUAAAAAAUGUAGAAAAAAAAACUUAAAAUGGCAAGUGCAGCUGAUCUAUCAACCAACUUACAGUCACUGCUUGUAUACAUUGGUUCAAGAAUAAUAAGAGGUCCUGAUUGGAAAUGGGGGAAACAAGAUGGAGGAGAGGGACAUGUUGGAACAGUUCGUAGUUUUGAAAGUUCUGAGGAAGUUGUUGUUGUUUGGGACAAUGGAACAGCUGCAAAUUAUAGAUGCUCUGGUGCACAUGAUUUAAGAAUUCUUGACUUAGGUCCUGCAGGUAUCAGGCACGAAAAUUCAAUGUGUGAUGGAUGUCGCACACAAAUUAUAUAUGGUGCACGCUGGAAGUGCACUGAGUGUAGCAAUUACGAUCUUUGUAGUACUUGUUAUCACGGUGACAGGCACACUUUAAGACACAGAUUUUAUAGAAUUAGCACUCCCAAUUCAGAAAGUAUACUCCUUGAUACAAGACGAAAGAGCAAAAAGAUCACAACUCGGGGAAUUUUUCCAGGAGCUAGAGUUAUAAGAGGUGUUGAUUGGAAUUGGGAAAUCCAAGAUGGAGAGGCUGGUAGAAGAGGAAAAGUUUCAGAAAUACAAGAUUGGAGUGUAACAACCCCAAGAAGUGCAGCUUACGUUAAUUGGGAAAAUGGAGCUAAAAAUCUAUACAGAAUGGGAUUUGAAGGAAUGGUGGAUUUAAAAUGUUCAUCAGAUGCAAAAGGUCCAUCUGUUUAUCGAGACCAUCUACCUUUGCUGAAUGAGAGACCUAACCAGAACACAGUAGCCGUAGCUUGGAAAGUUGGUGAUUGUGUCAGAAUUGAUUUGGAUGUCGAACUUGUACGUUCCUUGCAGUUAGGCCAUGGUGGAUGGACGUAUGGUAUGCUAGAGGCACUUCAAGAAAUGGGAUUAAUAUCAGGUUUUGAUGAAGAUGGUGAUGUAAUUGUUUCAUAUCCAAGUGGAAACAGGUGGACUUUUAACCCAGCAGUAUUAACAAAAGAUAAUCGCAUAAGAAGAAAUCAGCUCAGUAUUGAAGCAUUCGCCAACAUGAAUUUAUCGUCCACCAACAUAAAUGUGUCAACAGCCAAUGAAGACUCUUCGACGACUCAGGGCACUUUUGCUGUUGGAGACAUAGUGCAAAUUUUGUCAGAUGCUGAACAAGUUAGUUGCUUACAACUUGGGCAUGGCGAAUGGACAGAAGCUAUGAUACCUACCUUAGGAAAAAUCGGUCAUGUGCAAUAUGUUUACAGUGACGGUGAUUUGAAGGUUGAUGUGAAUGAGACCACGUGGACGUUCAAUGCGAGAUGUGUUCGAAAGAUUGGAGCAACUAGAGGAAGCAAUGGAGAUGACGUUUCGUCACUCCUUAAGAAGUUGUUUGAAGGUCAUUCUUCAAAAGAACCUGCGGAGUUGUUAGUGAAGUCUGCAGCAGAAGGGAAUGUCAAGCAGAUUGAGGAGAUUCAUAAAGAAUAUGGCGUCCACGUUGAUUCGAUAUUUGCUGGUCACACCGCAUUACAAGCUGCUUGUCAAAAUGGUCAAACUGAUGCUGUUAAAUUGCUUAUCAAGUUGAAGGCAGACACAGAAAUACAGGACAAAGAUGGCGACAGAGCAAUCCACCAUGCCACUUUUAGUGAUAAUGGCACUGUCAUCAAGAUGCUGCAUGAAGCUAAUGCCGACUUGAACGCCCGCAACAACCGACGUCAAACCAGUCUUCAUGUUGCAGUCAACAAAGGGCACUUGGAAAGCGUCAAAGCCCUACUGAACGCUGGGGCGCAUCCAAAUUUGCAAGAUUCAGAAGGUGAUACGGCUUUACAUGACGCGAUAACAAAAAAGCGAUGUGAUAUUGUGGAAAUCUUAAUCGAAGGUGGAAUUGAUAUUUCUUUAACAAAUAAUAAUGGUUUCAACGGGAUACAUCAUGCGGCAUUGAGAGGAAAUUCAAGAGCCAUUGAAAUAAUGUUAACUAAAAAUGAUAAGCCCUGGGUUGUGAACGAGCCAAAAGACGAUGGUUACAGCGCAUUGCAUCUAGCUGCUUUGAACAACCACGUUGAUGUAGUAGAACUUCUGUUGAGACUAGGAAAGGCCAACAAAGAUUAUCAGAAUACAAAUUUGCAAACGCCUUUACAUUUGGCCAUACAAAGACAGCAUGGUGAAAUUGUCAAGCUAUUGGUCGGUGAAAGUGCGAAUUUAAGUUUGCAAGAUAAAGAUGGAGAUACGCCUCUCCACGAAGCUCUGCGAUAUCACACUCUCCUGCAGCUUAAAGAAUUGCAAGACGUGAAAGAUAUCAGUAAGCUUCUUGUCGGGUUUGGUGCUCCUGGAUCUAAGCAGGGAAGCGCAUCUAUCGCAUGCUUUUUGGCUGCAAAUGGUGCUGAACUACAAAUUAAAAACAAUAAAGGACAGACUCCGUUUGACUUGUGUCCAGACCUCAAUUUACGCAAAAUGUUAGAAGCGUGUCAUGCAGAAUGGAUGAAAAAAUCUCCUACAUCCGAAAAUCUAGACCACGUGAAUUUAGAAUGUCUUGUUUGUUCAGACGCACAUCGCGACGUUGUCUUUCUUCCAUGCUUUCACGUCGUCGCGUGUUCUGUCUGUUCACCGAGAAUUAAAAAGUGCUUAUUAUGUCGCCAGUUUGUGCAGUCCAAACAAAAGAUUGACGAAUGUCUAGUUUGCUCGGACAGGAAAGCAAGUGUGUUGUUUAAACCUUGUGGUCAUAUGGGGGCAUGCAACGGCUGCUCAAGUUUGAUGAAGAAGUGUGUACAAUGUCGCGCUACUAUAGAAGAAACUGUCUCCAUUAAAGAUUUGUGUUCUGUAGAUGAAUCUACGUCAGCAGCGGUAAAGCCUGAUCGUCCUGUUUCUGCAAGCAAUGACGACGUUACCAUUUUAGAAAAACAAUUGCAAGAAAUAAAAGAUCAGACUGUCUGCGCUGUAUGUCUGGAUCGAAGGAAAAACAUGAUCUUUUUAUGCGGUCAUGGUUCCUGUCAACUUUGUGGCGACAAACUUUCUGAUUGUCCGCUUUGUAGAAAACCCAUAGAAAAAAGAAUUUUAUUAUUUUAAAAGAAUGUCCGUCAUCUUAGGAGGUCUGUCGAUUAGUUGAGUUGACGCACAUGCAAGCUGCAUUGUGAGAAAAAAAUUAUGUAACAAAGAUAAUUUGUAUAUAGUGUAAAAUAGGAGAAUUUUUGAGAGGAAUAAAAUAAAUUAGCGUCGGGUA